CCUAGAAUUACCUCAAAAAGGAUUGGCGCAAAAAUGCGCGAUAAAAUCUGUCAGAAAGGGGUAAAUACACGCGUGUCAAUAUUAAAUGUACACAAAUGGGAUUUUUUACUUUUUUUCUAAUCCCUUUACAUAUUUUCUUUUUGAGAUUAAAAUUAAAUCUACUUAAUAUAUUAAAAUUUUGUUUUAAUAGUGUUCCGAUUAAUUUAUUCUCCAAGUUUAUUUUUCCUCAAACAUUUCGCACAACAUUUGUUUUGUUUCUAACUUGUGUUGUGUUCAUGUUUAUCUAACCUGUUUAUUUGUCUUUCAACAUCUCUUACAACUUUUUUCUUCAUGUUUUCCUAUAACCUACCUCUUCCAACUUGAUCCCCCAACAUGCCUCUCCAACAUUUCUUUUCCAACUUGUUCUCUUCUGUUGUUUUUCCUGUGUUUUGUUCAUGUUUAUCUAAACUUGUUUAUUUCACUCCCAACAUCUCUAGAAACUUUUUUCUUCAUGUUUUCCUCCAACUUGCCUCUUCCAACUUGUUUCUGUCAUGUUUUUCUUUGUUUUAAUAUUUUCUCUAAUUUGUCUAAACAUGUUG